UGUCUCGGGCGAGGACACUGAGUGUUGCACUACGAGAAGAGGAUUCAGUGGGAGAUAAUAGUUUUCUUACCCUUUGCAGGCCGGUGUCUACCGCGUCAUCGUCGACACCUUCGUCGGAACCUUGUCCCCCAGAGAUCACUUCGGAUACUGCACCCGCUCCAGCGUCCUCCCUUACAGGGCAGAAGGCCCAAACAGCUGACCAGAAUAUUAAAGUCGCAAUACAGCUACAAUCAUCCCCUGUUGACCCCGUUAUGUGUUCUCCAGUCCAUCGUAUAUCCACAGGCAGCGAUAGGCUUCAAGAGGACGAAGUUUUGCAAGCGCUUGUAUCCAAUUUUGCAUUAUCAAUCCCUUCGAUCAUUUCCCCAAAUUUAUUCACAUCUACAACGCAAUCACAUUCUCUGGUCGAGAAGCCUUCGUUGUCCUCAACAUCUGUGCCCCUCCCAGAAUCCAAAAAUGCAUCACCCUCCCUUCCAUAUACCAGCUCUGGAAGCAUGUCUUCAUUAACCUCGCCAUCCAAUCCACCAGGUACUAACUUAUCAUCAUUCGGUCCUAAUCUUCAACCUUCUAGCCCUAAUUUAUCCAGUCCUGCCGUAUUACCACCGAACUGCCCUCCGUUCCUCAGCCCCCAGCCGCAAGCGGCAUUUUCAAGGGGCAUAUCCUCAGCUUCCGAUCCUUUAUCGCAACGCCCUAAAUCUGAUUUUCAUGUCGCUGGUACCUCAUUUUUACCCUCAGUUUCGCCGCCCCCUCCCCCUACUCCUCCAAGGAGUCCGUUGCCACCAUCAUCUGUCAAUUCAUCACCGUUGUUGACGCCUUCAUUCGUAGCUCCUCCCUCAUAUCACAGUGCGAUUUCAAAUGAGAAUGAUAUGCCUCUGGCAACAAGCACUAGUGGCGGUGCAUCGUCGCAGGAGACCGGCUCAGAUAUGAAUUUCGUCGUCCGUCCACCGUCCAUUUCUGCUACCCCUAGCCCGCCUUCCAACAUCAGGAGUCGAACUAGGGCUCGACCACCAUUGCCAAUCGGUCCACGCAAACCUAGCGGUCCUGGUCAACCACUUGGGUCAUUUGUACCCUGGAUCAGGGAGCGUGGCGGAUCUGUGUCAUCUGUGGGCAGUGGCUAUGCUCAUGGUUCCGCAUCAGGCUACGCAUGGCGCAAACUGACUGCUGCUGCUUCGACGCCGGCGCCGAAAUUCCAGACACCACCCCCGAAGUGGCGAGGGAUGACCUUGGAGGCGGCUCGGUGGACGCUUACGCGGGAUGAGCUUCAAACGAUCGUCUCAAGAGCCAUCAAGCAGUCUGCGGAAGCCUCAUCAAUACGUCUUCUUAGGACAGAGACGUUGGAUGUAGACAUUCCUGAGGAAGUCCAUCGCCUUGAGAUGCAGCACACCGACGUUAAAAUGAGGUACAAGAUGCUCGUCCGCAAGCGGUGGCAGCUCAUGGGCACCCUCGCUGGACAUCUGGAUGGUCCAGACAUGUGCGAUUCUAUGACUGCUGCACGCACCGUGGAGGAGCUUUCUGAAGUCUCCAGUGCUCUUGACCGGCUCACUGACGAGCUCCAUACUAUUGUCGAGCAGCUAGGUCAACUGAAAAGUUUACGCGUUGUUCACUCUGCCAGCGCACUUGCCAUAGCUUUGAGGAAAGUCAAUUCGAUCUUCCUUAACCAGGUCUCCGAAUCCCAGAAACUUCGAGAACAGAUGCACUCAAUGGAGGCUGAAAGAGAUGAGGCUUGGAAACAAGCAGAGGAUGUCGCCCAAGAUUUUGAUAAUCUUUCGGAUCAGGUUCUAGAGAGCCGCAGAGAGCAAGUUGAAGGAACGGCAGCGUUAAGGCCGUCAAGUAGGCGAUCUGCGCAAGUUUCGGCCUUUCGAAAGUCGAGCAUACGUCUGUCUAAAGCAGGCUUGCGCUCCAUCAGCAAAAGUCGAAGUCAGCGUUCUUCUGUCAGUAGCUCAGGUACGCGUACAAGCCUGGUGAUGUCGAUGUCUGCCACCUCAGACGACAUCCCUCCGGUGCCGCCGCUACCUUUACACGCACCGCGUGGCAUUGUCCCGAUCCACUUCGAACACGUCAUUUUCUGGUGCUCGAGCCUUGGCGCAAGCUCAGAGAGAGUUGUACGAGAUGUUGGGCCUGGCUCCUCAAGAGACUCCUAGCGAGUCAUCUUCUAGGCCACGCUCUAUGUCUGGGUUGCUUGGUUCUAGAUGUGUGCCCCUUAGCACGAGACCAAUGUCCGACAUGAUCGUCAUACGACCUCGCGCUCAAGAAAAUAGAGCCAUACAUAGUGUCCUCUAUGACGACGUGUGCCUGUGAAACACUUUAUGGAUCAUCGAUACCCCUUCCCUUAUGUCUUGAUAGCGACAAAUUAUGUUGGCGCAGCUUGGCAUGAUGUUGAAUCAAUGCAUAGAUAUUUAUCUACCUUGAUACGGACUUGGAAUUAUACAUGGACUAUUUACUAACGAGCUACAUGCGUGGUACAUGUUGUGCGUUGUACUUAGAAUAAUUUACGAUUAAUUCAGUCGCACUUCUGAAUAUUCAUCAGAUGGAGAGCAGUGCUGUCCAUACUGAUGGAGAGGCGUUC